AUGGGGCCCAACCCUAGCCUGGACAUGCUGGCCGCCGCGGCAGGGAUGGAGUCGGCGGCGGCGGCUGCGGCUGCGGCGGAGGCGGAGGCGGAGGCGGAGGCGGCGGAGGCGCAGCCGAGGGGCCGCGUGGUGCGGAUCAUCGUGCACGACGCCGACGCCACCGACUCCUCCUCCAGCGAGGACGAGUCGGCGCCGCCGCCGCUGGCCCCGAUGCCGACGACCAAGGAGGAGCGCCGGAGGGAGCGCAAGAAGCGCCGCCGCGUCAUGGAGGCCGGGAGGAGGGACGACUCGGGGCCGCCGCAGCCGCAGGCAACCGGGGCGCGCACGCCCUCGGUGCGGUACCGCGGCGUGCGCCAGCGCCGCUGGGGCAAGUUCGCCUCGGAGAUCCGCGACCCGAUCCAGGGCCGCCGCCUCUGGCUCGGCACCUUCGACACCGCCGAGGAGGCCGCAGCAGCCUACGACGCCGCCAAGAUCCGCAUCAGCGGGAGCCGCCGCCCGGCUGACGGCGCCACCGGCUUCCCUUUCUCCUUCCCGCCGCCAGAGCCUGCCAAGCCGACCGUCUUGCGUCUUCCCAUGCCGCAGCCUGCCAAGCCGACCAUCCUGCGUCUUCCCAUGCCACAGCCUGCCAAGCAGAUUACCUCGCCGCCGCCUCCUCCUCCUCCGCCUGAGCCUGCCAAGCCGGCCAUCUCGCCGCCUCCUCUGCCAGCUAAGCCGUUCGCCCUCCCGUUGAAGCUGAGGCUGAAGCUUUCCUUCAAUGCACAGGUCAAGGACAAGGGUUGGAACUGGUGCUCUGCAGGCGAUGUCAAGGAGGAGGAGGACGGGGAUUGUGAUGGCGAGGCAAAGGUUGGGGAUCUGAGCAUUGCAGGCGAGGUCAAGGUGGAGGGUGGGGGCUGCGCAGGGGAGGUCAAGGUAGAGGGCGGGGGCUGUGCAGAUGGGUCGAAGGAGGCCGGCAGUAGCUCUGAGGUCAAGGCGGUCAAGCCGAUGUGGGCGAUGAUCACCGGGAAACGAAAGAAGCGGUCAGGCUGCGGCACCCGUGUCGGCGCCCUCCACGCCUCCUCCGUCUGCGUCGAGGAAGUUGGUGGAACCUGA